AUGUUUCGAAAAAGCCUCGUCGUUCUAUCCAAGAAUAAACCAAGAACAAUCGUUCGUGAUCCACGAAAGAAGAGACUUCCAGCAGAAGUAUCACACCAUCGUGCAUUGACCGCCCAACAACAACAAGAACAGCAACAACAAAUCCAGGAGCGUCAGCAAAUGGCGUUUGAACCAUCGAGGCAGAACCAGCAAUCUAUUGGAUCCACCAUGGGAUCCUACGCUCUCGCGGGAUUUGGGAUGUCAAUUGGAUUUGCAUUGGUUGGAGCACUGUUUGGGGGUUUCUAA